AUGGAUCCGGGACGUGGAACUGAGGGCCGCUCCUUGGGCACCUUCGCCCUUACUGUGAACGUGAACGUGGGCCAGUACCGGGAGUCUCUGACAAUCCAGUCAAGCAUACUUGCCCUCAGUUCAACCAAGACUACCAGUAGUCUUGCCACAAGCAGUAAAGCUGCUACCACCACCACAACUUCUACUACCACCACAACUCCAUCUACUACUCCCACCAUAGUAUCUACUUCUACUACCACCACAACUCCAUCUACUACUCCCACCAUAGUAUCUACUUCUACUACCACCACAACUCCAUCUACUACUCCCACCAUAGUAUCUACUUCCACUACCACCACCACAACUCCAUCUACUUCAGUUUCUGUAUCAAAGUCUGUUACUCCAGUGACUUCUGGCAAGGUCACUUCGUCCAAGAUCAGCACCACAAACUCCCGUUCCACAGUUCCCAGCAAUCCUUGCCAAGGAGCUCCCUGUAAAGAUGGUUCUUCAUGUGUUAUCCUGAAUGAUACCCAUUUUUGCCUGUGUACAUUAGGAUAUUACUAUAACUCUUCCACAUGCAAAAAAGGAAAGUUAUUCCCUGGAAAUAUUACAGUAAAAGUAUCAGAAGUAUCUGGUUUGGGAGAUGAAAAUUCUGUGGCCUAUCAAAAAUUACAUAUUCAAAUUACUAAUUUUUUUAUGAACGCAUUUGACAAUUCUGAUUACGGACAGACUGUAAUUGAUAAAGUAAGCACCUCUCCUUCGGCAAGAUCAGCAGUGCGUGCUGGGGACAAUGUUGCUGUGGUAGACGUCCUAAACAUCUUCGCAGAAACUACAAAAGAAACUGAGAAGACUGUGUCUGCAUCAAUUACCAAAGCAAUUCAAAACAGCAAGGGUGACUUUACAGGAUAUAAUCCUCAAACUCUGUGUGAUUAUUAUGGUUGUGAAGAGGAAAAUGAGCAAGACAACUGUAGCGAUGGUUUGCUGUGUAAAUGCAAGCAGGGGAUGGAAAGACCUAACCCCCAGGUCCCUGUGUGUGUUGUUCCUGCUGUAAAGUGUCCUGACACCUGCAAUGCAGACAACAAUGAGCAGUGCUUAGUGAAUAAGAGCAGCGGGAACCCUGAAUGUGUGUGCCUAUCGGGCUACAAGAAAGAUGAUCAUGGGGUCUGUCAAGAGUGUGCAUUUGGCUACAGUGGAGUCAACUGUGAAGACAAAUUUCAGCUGAUCCUCACUGUCGUGGGCAGCAUUGGCGGUGCCCUCAUUCUUUGCCUGGUGAUUGCAUUGAUCUUCUUAGCAAGCCCAAGGAACAAAAACAAGAAUACUGAAGAACAGAACUUGAUUGAGAAUGACUUUCAAAACCUGAGACUGCAGCAGACGACAGGCUUCAGCAAUCUCGGAGCAGAUGGGAGCAUCUUCCCUAAAAUCAGGGCAAAUGUCUCCAGUCAGCCACCGAAUCCCUAUACACACCAGAGAAGCAUGCCCCGCCCUGACUACUAG